UUUUUUUUCCCCCCCCUUUUUCCUGAAAACUGCCUACCUAGAAACAUGGACCCUCUUGUGCCAGGUCUUCAUAAAGGCUUAGUGCCAGCUGUCCCACCAAGAAGCACAAGCAAACUUGGCAGUUUGGCAGAUCCUGGGAAUGACAUCACCAUGUCUGUCAACCAUGAUGGGAAUGCAACAGGAAUCACAUAUGGUAUAGAUAGUCACGGUCCAGGACUGACCCUGGCCCAUUUUGGCUUUGAGGACCAUUUCAGCAAUGCUGUGAAGGUGGACGAGAGCAAGAACCAACAGAAUCUCUUUACCACACCCCGGGAACCACCCCCAGUGCCUCCGUUACCUCCUCGUAAGGCUCCCUACAAUCCUGCUGCACCCAUUGUUGGCCCAGCCGUCAAGGACCGGACCCCUAUCCUACAAAGCAAAGAUGGCUCCUUUAUUACUUCGGCCAGCAAAGAUUACAAAUCUUCAGGAUGGAACUACAAUUCCACUACUGAUACCAUGAGGCAGGCUAUGAUUUCAAGCCAGGCAGGACAGAGAGAAGGCCUCAUUAAGCACCUCCUUGCAAAGAAAGAGAAGGCAUAUGUUGACAUUCAGACCUUCAGGUUCUUCACUGGCACGUGGAAUGUGAAUGGACAGUCCCCGGACAGUGGCCUGGAGCCCUGGUUGAGCUGUGACAGAGAACCGCCGGACAUCUAUGCUGUGGGAUUCCAGGAGCUGGACUUGAGCACGGAGGCCUUUUUCUACCUGGACUCAUCCAAGGAACAGCAGUGGUUGGAGGCUGUGGAGAGGGCCCUACAUCACCAGGGCAAGUACAGACGGAUCCGUGUAAUUCGCCUGGUGGGGAUGAUGAUGGUGGUCUUUGCUAAGAUGGCACAUGUGGCCUACAUCAGAGAUGUGGCAGCUGAGACUGUGGGCACAGGAAUCAUGAGCAAAAUGGGGAACAAGGGUGGUGUGGCGGUGCGCUUUGUGUUCCACAACACUAGCUUCUGCUUCGUCAACUCCCACCUGGCAGCCCAUGUGGAUGACUUUGAGCGCCGCAACCAGGACUACAAGGACAUCUGUGCCCGAAUGAGCUUUAACCUGCCAGACCAGCCACCUGUCAGCAUAGUCAAACAUGAUGUAGUGAUCUGGUUAGGAGACCUGAACUAUCGUCUCUUCAAAAAUGAUGCUGCUGAAGUAAAAACCCUCAUCUCCCAGAAUGAUCUGAGGAAGCUGCAGGAAUAUGACCAGCUGAACAUCCAAAGGCAGACAAAGAAAGCCUUCACGGACUUCAUAGAAGGAGAGGUCAACUUCAAACCCACAUACAAGUAUGACCCUAAAACAGACCGAUGGGACUCCAGCGGAAAGUGCCGAAUCCCAGCCUGGUGCGACCGAAUCUUGUGGCGAGGAAGCAGUGUGAAGCAGUUGCAGUACCGUAGCCACAUGGAGCUACAAACCAGUGACCACAAGCCUGUCAGCUCUCUCUUCAGCAUAGGGGUGAAGGUGGUCAAUGAGCAGCGCCACAAGAAGGUGUUUGAGGAGAUUGUGCGAAUGAUGGACAGAAUGGAGAAUGACUUCCUUCCAUCCUUGUUGCUAUCCAGGAGGGAGUUCACCUUUUCAAAUGUGAAGUUCCGGCAGCUCCAGCGAGAGCGCUUCGUCAUCACCAAUGACGGCCAGGUUCCCUGCCAUUUUGCCUUUAUACCCAAACUCAAUGACUCUCAGUACUGCAAGCCGUGGCUCCGGGCUGAGCCCUGUGAUGGCUUCCUGGAACCUAAUGAAAAGCUUGAAAUCUGCCUGGAGGUUUAUGUCAGCAAGGACUCGGUUACCCUCCUCAAUUCUGGGGAGGACUCCAUCGAAGACAUACUGGUUUUACACUUGGACCGUGGCAAGGAUUACUUCAUCACCAUAUCAGGCAACUAUCUGCCCAGCUGCUUUGGCACCUCACUGGAGGCCCUGUGCCGCAUGAAAAAGCCCAUCCGCGAGAUCCCCAUCAGCAAACUCAUCGACCUGGAGAAGUCCAGAAUGAAUUUACUUCUGGUAGACAGUUCUGGGACUGAAGAGAAGCCUCUGAAGAUUCCCAAAGAAGUGUGGCUGCUGGUUGACCAUCUCUUUACUAAGUCCUGUGACCAGGAGGAUCUCUUCCAGACUCCAGGCAUGCAAGACGAGCUGCAGAACAUCAUUGACUGUUUGGACACCAGCAUUCCUGAAACCAUCCCUGGCAGCAACCAUUCAGUUGCAGAGGCCCUGCUCAUCUUCUUGGAGGCGCUUCCGGAGCCAGUGGUGUGCUAUGAGCUGUACCACCGCUGCCUGGAGAGUUCACAUGACGGCCGCCUCUGCCGACAGUUGAUUUCCCAGCUUCCCCGGGCUCACCGUAAUGUAUUCCGGUACCUGAUGGCCUUCUUGAGGGAGCUUCUUAAGCACUCCUACAGUAACAACCUCACAGCCAACCUAGUAGCGAGUCUAUUUGCUAGCCUCCUGAUCCGGGCUCCACCCAACCUUACGAGCCGGCAGACGCAACAGGACCGUCAGAAAGCCAUCAACUUUAUUAUGGGAUUCCUCAUGGGAGGCGAUGAGGAGUGAAAGAGGGCAUGAUGUACCGGGGCUGGGAAAGUUUUUCCAUAUCCCAACCCCUGACAAAACACAGCUCUGAUACAGCAGCUGUGAGACCAUACAGAACAGACUCAGAAGAAACUGGUCAGGUCUGUCCCAGGAACAAUGUCGCAGACCCCUAGUUUCUCCACCUUCACUACAGCAAAAGAACCUUAAAGACCCAAAGACCAAGUCUUGUGUAGGUUUUCAAAAGGCACUUUACACCAUGGGACCUUACCUGAUUAAAUGCAAGCAUUGGUUCUCAUUGCAGUUUUGACAGUACAUUGCCUACAUGACAUUCACUUAGCUUGAUGUUCUGUGCCAAAAUAAACCCUAUAUUGUAGAGCCUGAAUGUACAUGCCCUUAAACACAAGGGAUGGUGAUGGUUAUGAGUUGGUAUAGCAAUGACACUAAAGACUUUUUUCCUCUGGGGUGUUGGGAAGCACUGAAUCCUUGUCAUAUCACUUUUCCCAGUGCUCUCAGAAUUAAAAAUGCAGAGAAGCAAGAAUUACCCAGGAUGCCUCACAUAUCAAAGCAGACUUUGAGCUGUUGCCAGUACUCAAAGCAAAUUAAGGAACUCUUGCCGUGUGAGGUAAACUGGACAAUUGGACAGCAGAUUUUUUUUUUUUUUUUU